CCGAGCCGGGGGCGGAUGCGCCUUCCUUUCCCCUUCAGAGCAGGCUGCCCGCCCGCGGAACCCCGCACGUCCGAGCGGCCUCGCAGGACCCGCAGACCAGCCCCGCUGGGGCGCGCCGGGCUGCCGCGGUGACCGUUCCGACGGCCCCCGACCCCUAUCCCGAGGCGGCCCGAAGUGUCUGUCGCCGGCCUCCUCCCGGCCCAGCCUCCGGGCCUCGUGCAAUCACCACGCCCCGGGGCCCGGAAACCGUUUUCCGGUCUUUCGCUUUCGGCUGGCGCCGAGCGCGGAGGCCGCGGUGCUGCGUAGCCCGGGCCGGGCGCAGGAACAGCCCCGUGGCGCCCUCCCUGGCCGCCGCCCAGGCGGGAAACGUCGUUCCGGGGACCCCGCGACCCCGCAGCGGGGAGCGCGCCAGGCCCGCGAGGGGAAGGGGGCGGUGCGCGGCCGGCGCCGCCUCUCAUCACGUCCCCGCGGGCCCGCACUCGCCCGGAGCGCACCCAGCAGUCGCCAGCCAGGGCGAUGGCGGGCAUCUGGCUGGGGCUCGUGUGGCAGAAGCUGCUGCUGUGGGGCGCGGCGAGUGCCGUGUCCCUGGCCGGCGCCAGUCUGGUCCUGAGCCUGCUGCAGAGGGUGGCGAGCUACGUGAGGAAAUGGCAGCAGAUGCGGCCCAUCCCCACGGUGGCCCGCGCCUACCCGCUGGUGGGCCACGCGCUGCUGAUGAAGCGGGACGGGCGAGUACUGGAAACAAAUGGCGCUCCAGGAGAAAGAUGUUAACACCCACUUUCCAUUUUACCAUUCUGGAAGAUUUCUUAGAUAUCAUGAAUGAACAAGCAAAUAUAUUGGUUAAGAAACUUGAAAAACAUGUUAACCAAGAAGCAUUUAACUGCUUUGUUUACAUCACUCUUUGUGCCUUAGAUAUCAUCUGUGAAACAGCUAUGGGGAAGAAUAUUGGUGCUCAAAGUAAUGAUGAUUCCGAGUAUGUCCGUGCAGUUUACAGAAUGAGUGAGAUGAUAUUUCGAAGAAUAAAGAUGCCGUGGCUUUGGCUUGACCUCUGGUACCUUAUGUUUAAAGAGGGAUGGGAACACAAAAAGAGCCUUAAGGUCCUACAUACUUUUACCAACAAUGUUAUCGCUGAACGGGCCAAUGAAAUGAACGUGGAUGAAGACUGUAGAGGGGAUGGCAGGGACUCCGCCCCCUCCAAAAAUAAACGCAGGGCCUUUCUUGACUUGCUUUUAAGUGUGACUGACGACGAAGGGAACAGGCUAAGUCACGAAGAUAUUCGAGAAGAAGUUGACACCUUCAUGUUUGAGGGCCACGACACAACUGCAGCUGCAAUGAACUGGUCCUUAUACCUGUUGGGGUCUAACCCAGAAGUCCAGAAAAAAGUGGACCAUGAACUGGAUGACGUGUUUGGUCAUCUUAGCUCCUUGCUUUCAUCAGGGAGGUCUGACCGUCCCGCUACCGUAGAAGACCUGAAGAAACUUCGGUAUCUGGAAUGUGUUAUUAAGGAGACCCUUCGCCUUUUUCCUUCUGUUCCUUUAUUUGCCCGCAGUGUUAGUGAAGAUUGUGAAGUGGCAGGUUACAGAGUUCUGAAAGGCACUGAAGCCGUCAUCAUUCCCUAUGCAUUGCACAGAGAUCCAAGAUACUUCCCCAACCCCGAGGAGUUCCAGCCUGAGCGGUUCUUCCCCGAGAAUGCACAAGGGCGCCAUCCAUAUGCCUAUGUGCCCUUCUCUGCUGGCCCCAGGAACUGUAUAGGUCAAAAGUUUGCUGUGAUGGAAGAAAAGACCAUUCUUUCGUGCAUCCUGAGGCACUUUUGGAUAGAAUCCAACCAGAAAAGAGAAGAACUUGGUCUAGAAGGACAGUUGAUUCUUCGUCCAACUAAUGGCAUCUGGAUCAAGUUGAAGAGGAGAAAUGCAGAUGAACCCUAACUAUAUUAUUGGGUCAUGCCUUUAUCAUGAGAAAGACCGACUGUGAAUUUCUCUGACCCUGAAGAAUGAACUAGAAGAAGUAGAAUAACCAGAACAUAUUGCUCAGCUGAAAGCACAAAGUAAACUCAGCUACUGGGAAUCAGUAAAAUCCACAGGCAUCACUGGUCCCAGGGAUUUAGAGUCCAGACACCUCUCCAGGUGAUGGACUGUUGAUCUGGGGCUCUGUGCGUUGUCACAGGCAGCUGGGGAUGUCAGUUUCUGGACCAAACGACCCAACAAGAGAUGCUGAUCAUAAAAAUCCAUUUUUAACUGGAAUGUUUCUAGAAGAUCAAAACAUUUUUCCUUCCAGCAUCUAAUGCCUGAGUGAUACAUGUUAAAAUGUUUAGUCUGCCUAGGCACCCUCUUUUUCUAGGAGCAGCACUCUUUAUUUUUGAAAUUAUCCUACAAUGAAUUACCGGCUUUUCUUCUGUUCUCAUCUUUUUCCUUCUCCAACAUACACACACUGUAAACAUGUGGUUUCAAUUGGAGCUGCCAUGGUCUUAGGCAAUCCCGCUUUCUCAACCUUUGUUGAGUGACCCAAGCAAGGUUAAAUUCAAGUUCUCCCCCACGAGUUUUCCCAGCUGCAAUUGAAGAAGAGAUACAGUCUCUGUGGUGGAAACUCCAGGUUGUGAAACUCAAGAUCAAUCAGCAGUAGAAUCUCUGGAGCAGCUGCUGGGUGAUGAGUAGAGAAGAAGCAGGCAGAAGAAAUGACCAGAAUCCUGGAGGAGUCUGCGUCCCACGUGGCAGGUGAUGCUGAGGCUCACUGCAUGUCUGCCCUGGCCACCGUGCGGUGGGUCUACCCUAUGUGGGAACCCAAGAGCCAAUAUAUUGCCAUUUGCUUACAAGGACUGUCUUUCAUUUAUGACCAAAAGCAACUUAGUGUGUGUCAGGUCAGCCGCAGGAUGAAGGAAGGGCCCCCAUUCUCUGGAUAUGAUCUUAGGUCUUCACCCUAUUUUCCUUGUGCUGUUCAAUAAUUCUCUAGAUUGGAUUAUCAGCAUAUAUGCCCACCAGUCAUUUAAAUGCAAUACCAUUUAAGAAAAUGCAGAGUUUUCUCCUUUCUAGAUAGUAGGAAAAUUAAAGUUACAGUGCAUUAUUUUAGAAUACAGCUAGGCUUAACCUAACACAUCAGUCCAGUUUUUUGGUUCUGCCUUGAUGACUCUCCGGACUAAUUAGUCAUUUUUCUCCUUCUCUAAUUAAACCAGGUUCAUUUUCCUGCUGGCUACCUGUAUGUCACAUUUCAGGGAUAAAUAUCUCAUCCUUAA